GCUUUGUAUGGACACAUUUUAUUACUGUUCUUUCCCAAAAUGAGCCAAAAAAGAGUUGUCAUCGUACCAGGAAACGGUGAUGGAGAUGUUGAACGAAGUAACUGGUAUGGCUGGCUCCAAAACAAGCUUACAGAGAAAGAUGUAGAGUGUGUUCUGAAGAAUAUGCCUGAUCCAGGAAUAUGGAUUCCAUUCAUGGAGAAACAGCUUAAUUGUAACAGCAACACUGUGAUUGUUGGGCAUAGCUCUGGGGCCCAAGCUGCCAUAAGAUAUGCAGAGAAUCAUUGUGUGCUUGGUUUGGUUCUGGUUUCAGCUUGUGUGACGGAUUUGGGAGAUCCCAAUGAAAAAGCAAGUGGUUAUUACAAUAGGCCCUGGGAAUGGGAACAGAUUAAGCACAACACACAGUGGAUCAUUCAGUUUGGCUCAACAGAUGACCCUUUUAUUCCAUUUAGCGAACAGAAACAAGUGGCGGAAGGAACUGGUGCUGAGUUCCAACAAUACUCUGAUAAAGGGCACUUUAUGUCAAUGGCAUUUCCUGAACUUCUUAAAAAGUUGAUGGAAAAAUUACAGGGAAGCUAAUUUAAAAAAUGGAUUUAUUCAGGGAUGGGUUUUAAUCAAAUGAGCAUCAAAAGAACCAUAAUGGACUGACAAGAUUUUGAUAAUUGAUGCAUCCAUAACCUUUUAACUCCCACAAGUGAUCAACAAAAAACUUCUCCCUAAAAUAUCCUUACAUUAUCCACCAAAUAGGUGAUGAGAAUGUUUAAACUCAUCAAUUAGAAGUUGUUAUCUUGAUCUAACACCAAAUUCUCAUUACUAAUUUACAAGGAAAUGUGUAACAGCUUGAGGGGAGAAUUUACAAUUUGAUCUUGGGAGUUAAAGGGUUAAGAAGUUAGAAGUUAGGUAAGAAAUAGCUACUAAUUUCGUCCAUUUUCAGAGUUGAAGUCUGAAUAGAAAGGUGUAAAAAAAAAAAAAAAAUACUGUCAUGAUUGAUUGGUCUCAAUUCAUUAGACAAAUUGCAUCAAUCUGAUGAUGUCCUCUAAGGCUUGAAAUACCAAAUAAACACUCUUGCCCUAA